AUGACCGCAAACGAAAAAAGCUCUGGAGUUCUUGCAACUCAAUCUCUCGAUAGUCCGAACGAUGACGGUGCGUCAAGGGCGAUCCGUAAGCCAACAUGGUACCGCUCUACCUUCUGGAACGCAUUCAUCUUGGGCAUCUGCAAUUUUCUAGCUCCCGGCAUCUGGGGUGCGAUGAACUCGCUCGGUGGCGGUGGACAACAAUCGCCAACACUCGUCAACACAGCCAAUGCAUUGACCUUCUGCCUCAUGGUCUUGACUUGCUUCUUCUCGUCCGUCAUAGUGCGAUGGGUCGGUGUCAAGUGGACUCUCAUCAUCGGCACCCUGGGAUACUGUCCUUAUGCAGCUGGACUCUAUGUCAACAACCGUUACGGUGAUGGCUGGUUUGUGCUUCUCGGCGCAGCGCUUUGCGGCCUUUCGGCUGGUAUCUUCUGGUCUGUCGAAGCUGCUAUCGCGCUUGCGUAUCCUGAACCUCACAAUCAAGGCCGCUUCUUGGGCUUCUGGCUUAGCUUCCGUCUUGGGGGCCAGAUUGUUGGAGGAGCGAUCAAUCUUGGUAUCAACGUCAACAAUAACAAGGCUGGCUCUGUGUCAUACCAUGUCUUUGAAGCGUUUAUUGCACUCCAAGCUCUUGCGCCUUUCGCUGGCUUGUUGUUGACUCCUCCCGACAAGGUUCAGAGGACUGAUGGCUUGCCUGUGCGCUUGAGCAUUGGAAACAGCAUCACCUACGAGCUCAAGGAAAUGUCCAAACUCUUCUUUAGCAAGCGCUUCUUGCUUAUCGUGCCGUUGAUUGCACAAGCUGUGUAUGCCGAGUCUGUCUUUUUCACUUUCCAAGGCUUGUGGUUCAGUGUACGCGCUCGUGCUUUGGGAUCCUUUCUCUCUGGCAUUGUUGCUGUCAUUAUGGGUAAUGUACUUGGCAGAUACCUCGACUAUACUCAGUUUAGUCUGAAGUCUCGGUCUCGCGGUGCUUUCAUCACGAUCCUAGGUCUCCAAGGUGCUUGGUGGAUCUGGGCAACAGUGCUGGUGACUGAAUUCAACAAGACCAUUUCGACUUAUGAUUGGGUUGACGCAGGCUUCGGAAAAGGCUUUGCCCUGUUCUUGUUCUGGGUUGCCGGCUUUCAACUCAACUAUCUGUUCCUAUACUUCGUCGUCGGUAACCUCGCUUCGUCCCAGGAAGAACUCAUCCGCAUUUGCAGUCUCCUCCGCGGCACGGAAUCUGCAGUCCAAGCCGUUAGUUAUGGUCUAGGCAGUGUGUCCAUCAUGGCCAGAACAGGAAACAUCUACCUCAACUUUGGCCUUUGGGCAAUCUCGCUUCUGCCAGCUUGGUUGGUGGUUUCCAGAAUCGGCGUCACGCUGGGGGAUAGGAAGAUGGCUCGUGAAGAGAGUUCCGAGUCUGGUUGA